CGUCUUUCCCGCCUUAGUCUCGUCUCUUCGUUCCGUGUCAACCAUUCCAGAGUCUCUUUUCUUAUUUGACUGCAAUUGGCAUCGUCAUUCAGUCUCUCUACAACACCAAAGAGUCGUUGCAUUCACAGCUUCACUACACCUUCCACCCAUCUAGCUGGCGGCAUAGUUCAUUGACUACUUACCAUCUCAUCCUCGACCAAGUGAGCACUCAUCCUACCAGACACAACAAUGUCGGAACAACAGCAACAACAACACCAGGCACCCCGCUUCUGCGCCGACUGCUUCAAGGGCACGCUCCGCGGCGACGUCGAGCCAAAGGGCACCGUCGAGACCGUCUACGGCCUGCCGACAUACGUCGCGCGCCCGGAGCCCGGCCGCGGCGAGCCCGCAGGUGUCGUCGUGAUCCUGCCCGACGCGAUGGGUUGGGAGCUGCGUAAUACGCGCGCGCUGGCGGACGCGUAUGCGAACAGGAUUCCGGCUGUUGUGCUGCUUCCUGAGUUGAUGAAUGGCUACGCCAUCCCAGCGACCGCACUCGCCAUGGGCGACAAAAUGCAGGCCGAAAAGUCGUGGUGGAGAAAAUACCUCGUCAUCGCGCCCGUCAUGUUCGCGACGAUGCUGCGGUACUUUAUCCCCCUCGUCAUCGCCACCCGCGCCGGCGUCAUCGUCCCGCGCAUAAAGAACUAUCUCAGCGCCGUCCGCCUCUCGCCACCGUCUCCGCUGCCCCGUCCAUCGACGUCAACAUCCUCCUCCUCCGUUGAGGCAACCUCUCAGAAAGAAACCAAGAUUGGCGUCGCGGGCUUCUGCUGGGGCGGGAAAUUCACCGUUCAACUCACCCAGCUCGCCGCGGGACCGUUUGGCGGCAAGAGGCUGAUCGACUGCGGCUUCACGGCGCAUCCGAGCUUCCUUACGUUGCCGGGGGACCUGGAGAAGGCGGUGUUGCCGCUGAGCGUGGCGAACGGGGACGAUGAUAUGAUGAUGCCGCGGGCGCGGAUGGUGGAGGCCAAGAGCGUGCUGGGGAAGAAGGGGGAGGGGUUUGAGAUUGUGGAGUAUCCUGGUGCCAAGCACGGAUUUGCUGUGAGAGGGGACCCGAAUGAUCAGCGGCAGGCGGAUUUCGGGAUGAGGGCGGAGGAUCAGGCUGUUGGGUGGUUUCGGCGGUGGUUUGGGCUUGGUGCUUGAGGGAGGGUGUGAAGGAUUGGGUGGGAUGGUAUGGUAUGGUUGAUGGAGGUCAGUUUUGGCGUGAGUUACUUUGCCAUCACGAUAGGAAUUGUGAGGGUUG